CCAUUAGUCGCUUGACCUAAAUUGUCUGACAAAAUGGUGACUCGCUCAGUCAAACGCAAUCGUAACUACUCGGCCAUUUCCGUGAACGAAAAAUAGUUUGUUUUUAAAAGGCCGAGCGUGUUCCGAUUAAGUCAAACGCGGUCAUCAUUAGGGGCGGAUGUAGGAUUUUGUGAGGUUUAAGAAAUGUUUAAAAAGACUGGGAAGAUUAGGCUGCCUUGAGGCCCAGAGGGCCCAGGACAAUGGCAUGGUACCCAGGACACAAAAUCCUUGGAAGCUUCUAGUAUUUUAAAACUGAGGGAGAAGAUUUAGUUAACGAUAUUAUUGAAUCGUCUUUAAACAUGCAAACCGUUUUGGUGGGAAUUGGUAUAGGUCUUCUGGUGUAUUACGUCAUUAAACGGAUGCGGUAUCGUUUGCCACCGGGACCAUGGUGUAUACCACUUAUUGGACAUUACAAAGUGUAUACCUCUGCUGAAGUUCACAGGAAGGUUACACAACUCUCCAAGGAAUAUGGGCCAGUGGUACGCUUAUCGUUUGGUCCCGUUACCAUGGUUUUCUUGAAUGACGUUGACGUUGUAUUAGAGGCACUGGUAAAAAAGAAAGCAGAUUUUGCCGGAAGACCGACAUUUUCUUCAAGUUAUACGUUUUCUGAAGGCGGCAAAGAUAUAGCACUAAGCACAUAUUCGCCGACUUGGAACUUGCACAGAAAAAUUGCAGGCAAGGCUCUCAGGCAUUAUUUACAAGGGGAUCUGCUGGAAGACAUGAUACAAGACAACUUGGAUAAAUUCUUGAAGAAAAUGGCACAAGAGACAGAACCGUUCUCCUUUAAACAUUAUGCAGAUCUGAUGGUUUUUCAUCAACUUUACACCAUUUGUUUUGGAGAGAAGCGAUCCACAGAUGACGCGGAGGUAAAGGCACUGAUUAAAUUAAACGAAGACCUACUAGCUGAUUUCGGAUCUGGGCUAUUGGAAGAUAUAGUUCCAUAUCUGAAAGACAUCUACCCCACAGCUAGCUGGAAGAAAUUUGUCAACACAACUGAACAACUUUUGAAUGUUAUACGGGCCAAAUUUAAGCAACACAUGGAUACCUUCCGGCCAGGUGUAAAUAGGGAUUUUAUCGACAGUAUGCUGAUCGCCAGACAAGAAGCAGAGAAUGAGGGGGACGAGGCUGUCCUGCAGAAGUUAGACGAUACGCACUUGAUUCAGACCGUAGCGGACAUAUUUUUUGCUGGAGUUGACACCACCAGAAUGACUAUGGACUGGUUUGUCUAUUACAUGACCAGACAUCCGGAAAUCCAGUCCCAAUGCCAGGAGGAAAUUGACAGAGUAGUCGGUUCAGACCACCCAUCAAUGAAGCACCGAAACAGCCUGGAGUUUACAGAGGCGUGCUUGUUUGAAACUAUGAGACUAGGCAGUGUUGUAGGGUUUGGCAUCCCACACAUGAACAUUUGUGAUUCACAAGUCGGUGGAUAUGACAUUCCCAGUGGCACAACCGUCGUCAUCAACCAUUGGGCGCUUCACCACGACCCUAAGUAUUGGAAGGACCCGGAGAAGUUUGACCCUCAUCGAUAUCUGGACGAAAAUGGCAAAAUGAAACCAACAAGACCAGAAAGCUGGCUUCCUUUCUCAGCAGGCCGGCGGGUCUGUUUAGGAGAAACGGUAGCCAAGCCGGAAAUUCUGUUAAUGUGUGCAAAUCUUCUAAAGCGAUUUAAAAUUAGUCUCCCGAAUGGUGUCGAACCAAACCUGGAUUUCAAGCUGGUUGGAUUUGGUGUAGAACUUCCGUCUGAGUACAACAUUAUUGUAAAGGAGAGAUUUGGAAAUUAAAAUCAAUACAUGAGCUUAAUUUGAAGUAUGGAAAGUGAGAAGUUGCAAAUUUAGGUCACUUGAAUAUUCUUCAUUCAAUAAUUGACAGUAAUUAAUAACGAGUUCAUCAAUAAUUAUGAUAAAGAAAGAUAAUCAUGCAUGUUAAUUGGUGGUGAUUGACAGCUGUAGUUUAGUAGUUUGUUGCCAGAACACAAUAUGUUAUUAAAGUAUACUUUUAGAUUGCUGUACACGUAAAGUGUAAUUUUUGGUAAGUCAUCCUCGAAUAUAGAUGCACUCUCCGGAAGCAGCAUAAAAUUAAUUGAAUUCACACGUAAAUUGUGAUGACAUGUUAAUUUUAUGUGUAUAUUCAAAUAAACUACUUUAUCCGUC